AUGGCCAAAGAUCCAAAGGACUCAUUGGUGGCGCCGGUCAGGUCUGACGACUUGAAAGCAUCUGAUAAGAAAAAAUCAGAAGAUGGGCUGAAUGGUAAACAAGUAGCCAAGAAGCUCAACGAUAACAAAACUCACGACCAAGAAUUGAGUGAGGAAGAUACCGCUCUCAAGGAAGAACUCGAGAUGCUGGUCCAAAGGCUCAAGGAAUCCGAUCGACAACUCUAUAAACCGACUCUUGAAAUGUUAAGAAGUUUAAUCCGAACCUCAACCUCAUCAAUGACUUCAGUCCCGAAACCCUUGAAAUUUCUUCGACCUCAUUUCGGAGAUCUAGUUCGAAUCUUCUACAGCUGGGGCAGUCGAGAGGAAUACGACCAAGCGAUGAGAGAGGAUGGCGAAGUCAAGCAGGAGAUCCAACGUCUGAAGCAGGCCGAAAAGCUUGCUGCUGCCGCCGCUACAGCUUCCGCCGCCCCUUCCAGUGAACCAGAGAAGAAGGAAUCCGACGGUGAGACCAAGCCGGAUGACUCGAAGGUCAAGGCUAAGGAAGGGUCUUCUGCUAGCAAGGGCGCCGAUGGGGAAGCCACUCUUACUCGAUCGCCCGCUGUACCUGCACUGUCUCCCUUCCAUGCCGAACCCGGUUCCGUCAAAGGUGUCUCUCCUAUCGAUCGCAUCUUGCUGGCAGAAAUCAUUUCCGUCCUUGCGAUGACCUACUCUGACAGUGGCCUGCGCGAAACUUUGGCCUUCCGACUUCGAAGUCACAAAGUUGAUAACUCGAGCGUAAGAGAUGAUCCGGGCGUAUGGGGACAUGAAUAUGUUCGCCAUCUGGCAGCCGAGAUUGCAGAAGCUUACCAGGCGGUACAGUCCAAGUCCGACGACAUGGGUGAAGAUGAGCGGAUCGAGACCGAUGAGCAGUCUAGCCGGAAGAAGGAGCUGCACCAGUUGGCGAUGUUACUUGUUCCAUUUUUGCUCAGUCAUAACGGAGAGGCCGAUGCGAUCGAUCUCCUUCUUGAACUUGAAAGUAUCAACGACAUUGUGCCGUUGGUUGCAGAACACAAUUAUUCCAGGGUUUGCAAUUACAUGCUGUCCUGUGUGAACUUCCUUGUUCCCCCCGAUGACACCAACUUCCUCCGAGCUUGUCGAGAAAUUUACCGAUCUCACUCCAGAUUCUCGGAGUCGAUGAUGGUCAAUAUCAAGAUGGGGGACAAGGCGGGGGUCAAGGAGGAUUUCGAGUCGGCAUCUAACCCCAAUAUGAAGCUACAACUUGCGCAUUUAUUGGCCCGCCAUCAGCUACCGUAUCUUUCAGCUGACCUUACUGAAGACGAGGACUUGAACGAUGUCUUAAACAAUACGAAGCUGACUACGCAUUUCAAAGCAUUCGGAGAGAACCUCAAUGUCACUGAGCCGAAGACUCGCGAAGACAUUUACAAAUCUCAUCUCGAAAAUAUUCCUGCAAGUUUGGGCAUCAAGAUGGAUUCAGCCAAACAAAAUCUAGCUGGUACAUUUGUUAAUGCUUUCGUCAACGCUGGCUUUGGAAACGAUCCGUUGAUGGCCAACGCCGAAGGUGGGCAGAGUUGGAUUUACAAAAACAAGGAUGAUGGAAUGAUGAGUGCUGCCGCAUCGCUCGGGGUCAGCUUACUAUGGGAUACCGACGGGGGUAUUAGUCAGAUUGACAAGUAUACGUAUGCAACGGACGACCAUAUCAAAGCUGGUGCACUACUGGCAAACGGUUUAUUACACUCUGGUGUUCGCACCGAAAUGGAUGUCGCUUUGGCUCUUUUGGCCGAUCAUAUCGAUUCCACCGUCGUUCCGAUCCGAGUUUCAGCGAUUAUCGGGAUCGGAAUUGCUUAUGCCGGUACGCAUCGGGACGACAUCAUGGACUUAUUAUUACCACGAAUUGAAGAUACGGCAGUAUCGAUGGAAAUCGCCGGAGUUGCUGCUUUGGCUCUUGGAUUUAUUUUCGUCGGUAGUGGGGACGGCAACAUCUCACGGACAAUCUUGCAAACAAUGAUGGAGCGUGAAAACGAUCAGUUGAACAAUAAGUGGAGCCGCUAUUUGGGGCUUGGUCUUGCUCUACUCUAUUUGGGUCAACAAGACUCGACCGAAUCAGCUGAUGCCACCAUCGAAACAUUGAAAGCAAUCGAACACCCCCUGAGCAAACAAACUUUAGUUUUGCUGGAGUCCUGUUUGUUCGCUGGGUCGGGUAAUGUUUUGAAAAUUCAAUCGAUGUUGCAUCAUUGCGCGGACCAUCACACAGGGAGCAGCAGCGGUACCAAUGAAGAAGACGCGAACAAAGAAGAUGAGAAGGACGGAGAAGAGGUACCGGAACAAACCACACUUCACCAGCAGCUUGCCGUUUUAGGAAUAGCUGUUAUUGCUAUGGGUGAGGAAGUAGGCGCAGAAAUGUCGCUGAGACAUUUUGGACACCUUAUGCAAUAUGGCGAGGCACCCAUCCGCAGAGCUGUGCCCCUAGCGUUGGGACUAGUCUCGGUUUCCGACCCAGUUUUGCCCGUGCUGGACACUCUUUCAAAGUACUCCCAUGAUAGCGAUCUUGGAGUUGCGUUGAAUUCGAUAUUCGCGAUGGGAUUAGUUGGGGCGGGAACAAAUAACGCACGUUUGGCUCAGAUGUUGAGGCAAUUAUCAACGUAUUAUUAUAAGGAACCAGAUUGUUUAUUCAUGGUUCGAGUCGCUCAGGGCUUGGUUCAUCUGGGUAAAGGCACACUAGGAUUGGGACCAUUCCAUUGUGAUCGACAGGUCAUGUCGCCCGUCGCCGUCGCAGCUUUGCUAUCAACUAUACUUGCAUUUACUGAUGCUAAAUCAUUUAUACUGGACAAAGCCCACUGGCUAUUGUUUCUCUUGACACCGGCCAUGUAUCCUCGAUUCUUGAUGACUUUUGGGGAGGAUGGAAAGCCUAUUGAGACAUCAGUUCGGGUCGGACAAGCCGUGAACAUCGUAGGUCAAGCAGGCAAACCGAAAUCCAUUUCAGGUUUCCAAACCCAUGUCACACCCGUUCGCUUGGGAAAUACUGAAAGGGCUGAAUUGGCUUCAGAAGAAUUCAUUCCUUACGCUCAUGUUUUAGAAGGCUUGGUCAUCUUGUCUAAAAAUCCGGGAUUUGAAUCUGAAACCAUGAUUUCUUAG